AUGCCGGCCAGCCCUGAGCAGCAGUUGAAGGAGAUCACCAAGGUCGACCUCCGAGGGCUGGAGCCUGGCCGGCCAGGGUGGGACGAAGCCCGGGACGCGGUGACCACGUCCAUGGUGGCGCACGGCUGCGCCAUGGUCCAUGUCCAGCACGUCGGGCUGGACGAGGACAUCCGGCAGGCGCUGUUCGGCCGCGCCAUGCCGGAGCUGUUCGCGCUCCCCGCGGAGGCCAAGCAGCGCAACGUCAACAGCGACGUGCAGUACAGAGGGUACAUCGGGCAGAUACCCGGCAUGGCGUACGAGAGCAUGCGCAUCAAGGACAUCACCGACGCCGUCCACAUCAGCGACUUCGCCGGUCUGCUCUGGCCGCAGGGCAACCCCGCCUUCUGUGACACGGUCGGGGAGUUCGCCAAGAAUGCUGUCAGCCUGGAGAAGACGGUGACGAGGAUGGUCUUGGAAGGCCUGGGCGUCCGGGACGAGCACGCCCUCGACUCGCACCGCGACCAGCUCUGCUACAGCUUCCGGAUGUCCUACUACGGCAUCUGCCCGGAGGAGAACACGGCCAAGGUGAGCCUGCCGGAGCACCGUGAGUACAACAUGACCACCACGAUCGUGCAGCACGAGGUGGAGGGCCUGGAGGUGCAGCUCAAGGACGGCAGCUGGUUCGCCGUGCCCCCCGAGCCGGACACGGUCGUCAUCGUCGCCGGCUAG